AUGCCGGGGCUCCGCCGCGACCGGCUGCUCGCCCUGCUGCUGCUCGGGACGCUGCUCAGCGCCGAUCUCUACUUCCACCUCUGGCCGCAAGUGCGGCGCCGCCUGGCCCGGGCCCACGCGGGCGCCCCGGGCUGCCCCUGCGCGCCCGCGGCCGCCCCCAGCCCGCAGCCCCGGACGCGGCCGCCGGAGCGGGAGGAGAGCAGCCAGGCCGUCGGAGCGGGCUCCAAGCUGCGGAGGCUCUUCGCUCACCCGCUGUACAGCGCCCCCGAGGGCCCCGCCGAGAAGCUGCUCAGCGCGCAGGAGGCGCUGCGCUACUACCGUCGGAAAGUGGCUCGCUGGAACAGGAGACACAAGAUUUACAGGGAGGAGCGCAAUCUGACUUUGGGCUCAGCGAUGCAGCUCGAGCAGGAAGCAAGCUGGCUCCAGUUCCACCUGGGCAUCGACCGCCACGCCUUGUACCCUCGAUCCAGUCCUGCCAUUGACCAGCUCCUCCUGGAUACGCAAAAUUUUGACACCAUCAGUGCAGAUUACAGCCAGGACGAGAAAGCAUUGUUAGGAACCUGUGACUGCACACAGAUUGUUAAGCCCAGCGGAGUACAUUUGAAACUGGUUCUACGGUUCCAAGACUUUGGAAAAGCCAUGUUUAAACCUAUGAGACAGAAACGAGAUGAGGAGACGCCAGAAGAUUUUUUCUAUUUUGUUGACUUUCAAAGACACAAUGCAGAAAUAGCUGCCUUCCACCUGGACAGAAUCCUGGAUUUCCGGCGGGUUCCUCCUGUGGUUGGGAGAAUGAUUAACAUCACAAAGGAAAUUUGGGAGAUCACCAAGAAUGAAAUCCUGCAAAGUGUCUUUUUUAUUUCACCAGCCAGCAACGUCUGUUUCUUUGCCAAGUGUCCUUAUAUGUGCAAAACAGAAUACGCCGUAUGUGGGAACCCUCACCUGCUAGAAGGAUCCCUCUCCGUGUUCCUCCCUUCGCUCAACUUGGCGCCAAGGAUCUCCAUUCCAAACCCAUGGAUACGAUCUUACACCUUUACUGGAAAAGAGGAGUGGGAAGUCAAUCCACUUUACUGCAAUACAGUGAAGGAGAUUUAUCCUUACAGCACUGGCAGCCGGCUACUCAAUAUCAUUGACAUGGCCGUAUUUGACUUCUUAAUAGGCAACAUGGACCGGCAUCAUUAUGAGAUGUUCACCAAGUUUGGAGAUGAUGGUUUUUUGCUCCACUUGGACAAUGCAAGAGGCUUUGGGAAGCACUCCCAUGACGAGGUCUCCAUCCUGGCUCCACUUGAACAGUGUUGCAUAAUAAAGAAGACAACAUUGUUGCGGCUGCAGCUCUUAGCUCAGCCGGAUUAUAGGCUCAGCGAUAUCAUGCGGGAGUCCUUGCUUCAGGACCGCCUGGCUCCUGUGCUCACAGAGCUGCACCUCUUGGCCCUGGACAGGAGGUUACAGAUCAUCCUGAAGGCUGUGGACAAGUGCAUAGAGGCCAAUGGAGAAGAGACCGUUGUGUCUGAUGCUGAGCUGCUGGAGUUGCCAGCCUUUGACAGAAUGACCCAGUCAAGCUAGAGGCCUAGUAGGGACUCUGCAUCUGGACCUUAAUGGCUGAUCAUGGUCCCCUAUCCCUGGACAGUUGGCAUGGCUGUGGGGGAAGGUCUUGAGCAGGCCGGGCUAAGCAAGCUGCUAGGAUGGCGGUAGUAGCAAAAACUACAUGGUUGGCCUGUUUGUAUACUGUUUACUGGAACUUCAUCUCCAUCACAGCCAGUGAACUUUGCACCUCUUUUCCAAGAGACCUGAAGAAAUGAAGCACUCUGUAGCCACACAAUCAUGGGGCAUCUGUGCAGCUUGUGGGAUCUGUCUGGGCUCUCACUGCUAUACAGUCUUGGGCACUGGCCUUUUAACCAGUGGAUGGAAUAAAAAGGAACCACUAUAAGGGAAACAUGCUUGACACAUGUGUGUGCGCAUGUACACGUGCAUCCAGUUCUAGGACAGCACCAGUAAGGAAGCUCGCAGGGAUGCUGAACUGGUGGAGAACCAUAGUAGGAAGACUAGCAAGGCAAAAAAAGUGGGAGAUGAUGUGUUAGAAUAUUGAGAGUUCAGAUCCUGCUCCUGAUGUGGCAACCAUUUUGGAGGGAACAAUGGGAGCAAAGACUGUUUUGAAGAACAGAACCUAAGAAGAAACAUCCAUCUAGGCUGCUAAGUGGAGGCAAAUUUCUCUGGUACAAUUCAUAAUGUGUAGCACUGCGUACUUCACUUGACUCUCAGGUUCAUAGCAAAGAAAGAAGACAAUGGGCAGCAGUGGCAUGGAAGUGGGCAGGCAAUCGUUUAAUUAUCCUGCUAAGUUAUUGCAGCUGCCCCGGUUGAAUCUUUGCAGCCCCUCACCGCAUUCCCAACACAGGAACUGGAUUAGAAGAGCAGUCCCUUAAGAGGUGUUUCAUGACCACUGCUAGCAAGCCUCCAUUGAUAUUAGAGUGCAAAAAGAGCUAGCUUUUCAUGCAGGAGUCUUCUGAACAGCCACUGUCAUAGUAACUAUAAAACAAGAAAGCCUGGUCUGUGAAAGAGCAAGCACAGAAAGCCCAUAAAAUGGCUCAAAGUCUAAAGAACCAUCUGAAUUGCAGGGUCCAGGGAUGGGGCUGCAACAAAGUGUUGCAGCAUGGAAUGGUCUUGUUCAUAGUGCCAGCCAAUCACUACUAUCCCUUCUAAUUCUCCAUUUCUCCCACCCAAAUGUUUAGCGAUCCAUGGCCACUGAGCACGAUCAGUGUUCAUUGGACUGAUUCAUAGCAAUAAACAUUGACCCUAAGAUGCCUCCUUAGGGUCUUCCCCACCCCUUUUUUAAACUUCUGCAAACCUUGGAGUUCCUCAAGCAUUCUGAGACCUCCUUUUCAUUUCUCAGUGGCCCCAUUUUGGCUGCAAUCCUGCUGGAACUCAAAUGAGUUUGCUCUUAGGAGAAGUGAUAGCUCCAGGAAGCAGAACUUGUUGAGUAUAUUUCGAUAUGAGGGCUACUUGGAUCAGAUACUCUUGUAAAUCUGAUCAUAUGUAUGUUCAGAAAAGAUGCAUAGGAAUGAAGCUGCAACAAUUUAAUCUGA